AUGAAACUGGAGAAGGACAUGCUGGGGCCUUUCCACAUCUACGAUGGGAAGACUGUCAGCCUGAAGGCCCCUGAUGGCACCAUCAUGAAUGUGAAGGAGAAGAGGGUGCUGUACCUCGACCUGUUUGGUUGCCAGACCCGGGCAGGUGGAGAAGUGCAGCAGGAGCUGGUGCAAAGGUGCAGGCCUUCACUGGACCUCAGCACCUGGCGGUGUUCCACCAUAGACCCCCCCGACAGAGUGACCACCCAUGACAACUUACCUUUUUCACAGCUGGCCGAGCAGAUCCUUGUGGGGGAGGAGGUCGAGUUCCGGGCGGAUGCUGCUGGGGUGAAUCUGCGCAGGCUGCAAAUUUCACAAACCCUGCUCUAA